UUAACCUUAGCACAAAUGGGUACCAAGAGGACACGCACAGCGUUACGGGCCAAGUCGACCAGAGCCGCCACCAAGAGCGUCAACCCCAAAAUCAUCGAAUCCAUCGAGUCUAAUCCGUACGAUGAGAACCCGUUUUUAAAGCUACUGUCGAUUACCAAAAAGGAAAAACAGCACCAGAAGACCAAGUCAUUCACACAGCGGCUCGCAACCACCAGCCUGAGCGUGUCGAAGUCUGCGCUCCGAAGAAGAAAGAGAAAGGUCAAAGAGGCCUUGAAGCCUAAAAUGGAAGAGCUCUUCGAGACUUUGCCAGAGGUGACGCGAGACCAGCAAACCGGCUUUGUCCCCAGCGACACCCCCCAUGCCAACGAGCCCAACGCCCGGAAAAAAACAGGGCACCAGGUGAUAUUUAAGCGAGAACACGAGAACUUCAACCAUAUUCUCCAGAACAAGCAGUUUCGCACCUCGCCGUUUGCGACGCUUAAGCAGUCGAUUCAAGAAAACUCCGGCAAUUAGAGCCUGAAGAGAGUCGAUACAUGUCGCCAGCCGUUAUAUAUACCUGGUAUUGAUACAUUAUGAGUUUAGGGUCCUAAAACGUAUGCAGUUUAAUAGUCCAUCCAAAUACACAACAACACGCUCUGGG